GCCUACGUGUUGACGCCAUGAAUGUUAGUUGUUGAAAAUAUAAUUUGCGAAGACGUUAAUUAUAGACACAAAAAACUAAGACAGUACAAUGUCUGCCCAAGAGCAAAUGCGGGCGAUGUUGGAUGAGCUGAUGGGCACAGCAAGAGAUGGGACCCCUUUCAUGUGGUCAGGUGUAAUGCAGUCAAAUUUGCCAAGGGUUUUAAGGUGAUGAAGUCCAAGCCGUGAGUUGAAAUUAAAUAGCUUUCAUUGCAGAGUACUAUUUCUAUUGUAACUUUGUCUAUUCAUGUAUUAAUAAAUUUUCAUUCUCAUAAAUAGCAUAAAUCAAGUCAAUUUAUGAAAAGGUAAAUCAUGUUAGCAGGUAAUGUUAGAAAGGUAAAUUUAUUAACAGGUAAUUUUAGGGUAAAUUUAUAACAGGUAAUUUUAUAAUGUUUAAUACUUAAAUUUUAACUUUUAUUAAGCCAAUAUUGCAUACUGAUAUGUAUUUGAUAAUUUCUACACUUUAUUAAUGAGCAUGUUGGCAGCUUUGAGGAAAUAUUUACUGUUGCAGGUGAGAGGAAAAGGUGUAAAACUAAGAAAAAAGCAUGCCACUGACGGAUGAUUAAAGGAUCGCAGUGUGUAUUAUAUGUAAAGUACAAACAGCCUAUGUUUGAAAAUACUGUCGAAAGAUUUGGUUUUACGUUUAUCUUACGAGAUUAUGAAGGAAAGUUUGUUCAAGUUAAUGUGACAAAACACACCUUUUGAACAGUAUAAAUGAAUAUAGGGCAUAUUUUACCCUUUGUCUUAUAAAUGUGAAAAAAAUUGUGUUUUUUUAAAUUUGUCAAAAAAAGGAUAAUUUGGAAGAGAUUUACAAAUUAAACUUGGGGGAACAUUAUGACAGACUGAACCCUGCUACUUUGAAAAGUUAAUUUCUUUGAUUAAAUGUAUAUUUUACUUAUUCUGCUGUGGUAUUGAUAAAAAAAACACAUGAAUCCUUUGUACAAUAUAUGAAUAAGUUUUUUCAAACAAGAACAAGGAUAUUGGAAGUCACCAGUUAAACUGUAAGUACUAGUAUAUGGUUUAAUAGUUGUGUUUAAAUUAAUAAAUCUUCAUGUAUCAAUUAUUUUCAAAAGUUUUUGCAAGAGCAGAUAUGUUGUGUGCAUUUUUAAAAAACCAAAUCUUUUGACAGAAUUAUGGAUGAAAAUACAUGUUGCAAACUGAUAUUCAAAAUUGUUUUCUUUAUUGAAAUAAUUCUGAAAAUUUUUUGAAGUUUAGAAACAAAAAAUUCAUUAGAAGUUUGCAACUUGUAAUGCUUAAUUAUCGUAGUACUGUAUAAACUGUUGGCAUAAUGAUAUUAUUUUUAAACACAAGGAAAUAGUAUUUUGGCUUCUGAAAUGUAAAAAGUAUUCAUAUGCUUUAAAUAGUGUAUGGCAUCUCUUUCCUGUAAAGCAGUCAAUUUGAAAAAUAAGUAAAAUGUUGGCAUUCUUCUACAAACUAAAAAAUAUUAUUGUUAUUAAAAUAUAGACCAUUCCAUUCAGUCAUUAUGCUAAUUGAUUAUAAAUGGGCAAAAUUUCAAGGAGUAAACAUGUGAAUUUUACAAGUUUCUAACAUAUUUGUCGAAUAAUAUAAUUUCCAGGAGAUCGAUCCCGAUACAAAGUGAAGUUUGACGAUCCUCGGGUAUGUAAGAGUUUCCUGCUAAGCUGCUGUCCACACGAUAUCCUUUCUAGCACGAGAAUGGACUUAGGUGAAUGUCCAAAGAUACAUGAUUUAGCACUCAGGGCUGAUUAUGACCAAGCUUCAAGAGGAAAAGAUUAUUAUUAUGAUAUUGAUGCUAUGGAACAUCUUCAGAGUUUCAUUGCAGAUUGUGACAGGAAAACAGAAUUAGCCAAGAGAAGAUUAAAAGAAACACAGGAAGAACUGAGUGAGGAAGCUAAUACAAAGGCUGAAAUUAUCCACCAGCUUGGAGAACAGAUGGGAACCUUACUGGCCAAGGCAGAAGGAUUAGGACAAGAUGGUGAAGUAGAAGAAUCCAUGAAUUAUAUGGACCAAGUGGAAGAUUUGAAGCGAAAGAAAGCUCUUGCAGAGACUGAAUUCAGAAAUUCUAUGCCUGCUUCAAGUUACCAACAGCAAAAGUUACGGGUCUGUGAAGUAUGCUCAGCUUACCUUGGUAUCCAUGACAACGACAGACGUUUAGCUGAUCAUUUUGGCGGGAAACUGCAUUUAGGGUUCAUUACCAUUAGAGAUAAAUUAGAGGAUUUAAAGAAAAGUGUGGCCGACAGAAGAGCACAGCGAGAAAAAGAAAGAGAAGAACAGAAAUUGAAACGUGAAGAGAGAGAAAAAGAGGAAGAUGAAAAACGGAAAAAAAGUCCAAGUCGGAGUAGAAGUCGUUCUCGUGGCGAUAGUCGAGACAGACGUAGGAGAUCUAGAAGUAGAAGUAGAAGGUCCAGAUCACGGUCAAGGAAGAAGAAAUCAAGACAUUCAUCCAGAUCUAGGUCUAGGGAAAGACGCAGGAAAAAGCAUAGGCGAUCUAGGUCAAGAUCUCGCAGAUCACGAAGUAGGUCCAGAAGUCGAUCUAGAAGGUCAAGGUCAAGAUCUCACAAACGCAAAAGAUCUAAGAGAUCAAGAAGCAGAUCAGGGUCUAGAAGUAAAAGUGUUAAAGAAGAUACUAGGAAUGGUUCACACUCUCCAGUGCCAGCAGCAGCGCCGCCACCACCUGUGGAUGGAGUGGAAGAAAAGCCAAGUGGUGAUUAGUAACAUUAAAGACUUUAUUGACAUUUUUAACCUGAUCAUGUGCUAUGUUGACAUUAUCAUGUGAUUGACGAUUUGGAAAAAACUCAUAUCAUUCUUAACUCUUGUUUUAAUGUAUCUUUAAUACCAUUAGAGAUAAUUUAAUGAAUUUGUCCUUAGUAUCCUUAGUUUGUACUGUUGUUUAUUUUGAAUUGCAUAUUUUGAGUGAGACAAUUAUGACAGAUCUCGCAGAUUAAUGUAAAAAUGCACAAACUGCAUUAGUGAAUUUUAUUUAGAUGGAAAAAAGACUGAAAACACAUGUUACUAAAUGCAAGGUCAAAUGUAUUUCAGAUUAUUCAACACUAUGUUUGUAAACAUUUUUUAUAACAGUACUGAAGUUUUCUGAACUGUCAGAAUUAAUUAUUAGAGUUGUCAGUUCUUGUCAUGAAUUUGGUAUGGUCAAACAAUAUGCAAAAUACAAUUGAUAUUUCUUUUAUAAAUACCUUGAAAGGACUUACUUUAAUAGAAUCACUUACAUAUCUGCUGACUUGCAAAUAUGUAAAAAAAAAAUAUUUGUUUUCAAUAAUUCUCUUUUUCUUGUUAUUGUAACAUUUUUCCAAAUGAAGCACAUCUACAGGUAAAAGAAUUCCAUUUUGUAAUGAAUACAGUCGGACGUGUGGAUAACUUGCAUUAAAGAUUGUCCUACUUCAAAAAUAGACCCCUCACGUAAAAAAAAGGAGAGAGAAAUUGUUCAGUUAUUUUUUCUUGUCCAUAUUUGAUUACAGAAAUUUAUUUUAUAUUUGUAUGUAGAAAUUGAUGUGUUUUAUAGUGUUUGAAAUAAUGUAGUUUAAACAACUUGAAUCCGUGAAACACAUUUUGAGGUUUUUAAUAACUGAAGUGAUUGUUGUUCAAAUGAUUUGCAAGAUUUGGUAUACAUGAUAUGAAUAAACCAUUUUAAAUUGU